CAGUAGUGCUGCACUGAGAGGGGGGAGAGACAUGACAGCUUAGCCUUCUGAUUCAAAAGUCAGUUCGACCCCAUCGGCUAAUAUUAUCAAAUCCAACAUGUCUGAGAAAGAACUGGGGCAGAAAUGGGACCGCUGUCUUGCCGACUGCGCUAUCAAAGUCGGUGCUGGUCUUGGUAUAGGUAUAGUCUUCUCUGUGGUCUUCUUCAAACGUAGGACAAUGCCAAUAGCAUUUGGCACAGGAGUAGGACUGGGCAUGGCUUAUUCCAACUGCCAGAAUGACCUGAGGACUCCAUAUCUCCUGCACAGCAAUGUUACUAAGGAGCAGUAGCAUCGGACCAGUGCAGGAUUUCACGUGUGUUCGUCUUGCUUAUCUGAUAGCCGACUGGCAUCUUUCUGCAGAUUUCUCAUCGUCAUCCAGUAACCCUGUGCCUGAAACGAACAGUCUGUCUUCAUCACAUUGUUCAUAAUGAUAUUGUUGGAUAAUGUAGAUUUGGGAAUGAUGUACCCUGGAGCUUGUGCACUUAUAAAACACUAUUUUAUGA